GAUCCACUUUUGUGCAAAAGAGAGACACACAUUAGAUACAUAUUUAUUUGCCAAAAUUUUCGUAAAGAAGAGAAAAAAUGGACAUCGAGCUCCGGUUUUUAGGUCGGGACCAUAACUUUAAAACAAGCCGUCAAUUCGUAUACUGCGUUCUUCCGUACAUCGAAGGUCAGCGGUACACUUUCGGCCACUCGUAUCAACCUUGUGGUUCCGGAGAAGAAUUCCUUUACUUGUUAAGGAUCCGAUUAUUCGGGAAGGAGAAAGAAGCGGCCCGAUUUCAGAUUUCCUGUCGGCGUGGUAAAUUCUGGAUUAAACGGUUGUCGAACGCCCAAAACUACGCAAUAUUCCUAAACGAGACGGAAGUUUGUGAUACCACGGACGGAAUGAAGCUAUCGAUCGGGGACAUUUUGGUCGUCGCAGAACAUAACACAUUGAAAUACUCGGUUUCCCAGCGAUCCUGGUUGAACCCGAGGUGGAAAUUGUUUUCAAAGGAAAACACGCAGAGGAAGAAUCGGCCAGGAAAUUUCCAGCACACGUGCGUCUUCACCUUCCAGGCGAGAAGAAUUCCCACCACGUUCGACUCACCUGCGUAUCACGCGUCCAUGAAGUUCGAAUACUUCCCGCGUGACGCAACCGAAUCUUACAACGCCCUUGAAAACACAUUGAUACUCUCCAAAAUAUUUUCCCACUUGGGCCUCCCAACCUUAAAGAACUGCCGCCUCGUGUCCUCCCUUUGGGAUAGUGAAGCCGUCCCCUGGCUAAAGUCCCGAUCCGAAAUUCGGUUCAAGUUUUACGCCUACCGUGAGCCCGCCAAGUCAACUCGGUUCUUUCUCUACAGACAUGAAAUGUUACCCUUCACCCAUCCGAAUUGGCACGUGGACCGUAUCGAUACCGGGGAAACGGUGACGUUUUGCAAAUUAAGUGUCGAUUUCGACAUGGUGGUCGAAAAUUGUGGGGUCAUCCGUCGCCUGAGUUGUGUUUACUGUCCGACAAUAAAUAACUUGCUUUUGACAAGGUUGCUGAAUCGAUUGUCCAGUUCGUUGGAGGAAUUGUCGAUUUGUUUCGAAAAUUGUGGAAAUGCUGGGGAUGAUAUUACCGAAUUUUUUCCCUUUAUAGAAUUCCCGCUACUGAAAAGGUUUGAAAUCGAUAUGGAUCCCAACGUUUCGACGACGAUAAGACCGUCAAAGUACGAAAAUUUGACCCGUUCGCUGAUCAAGUUGAGUAGCAAGGUGUCCGCGUUAUAUCUGAAGUCUUACAGUGCCCCAAUGAACGCGCAUUUUUUGCAGGAAAUUGUGUCCGAUAAGGGAUCUUAUCCCAGGCUGAGGGAGGUUCGGAUUAAGAAGGUUAAUUCGGAGGGGAUAAAAGUCUUGCGGGGUUUUAGGACAGGUUUGGUGAGACUGGAGAUUAAUUGGUUUUCUGACGAGUGUGAGAUUCGACAGGUGGAAGAGAUCGUGCAAAGGCAGAGGGAGUCGUUGGAAUUUCUACGUCUUGAAGUGCCCCCAUAUUGGGGACUGUUGGGGAGUAUUCCUGUGGAGUUACCUUACUUGAAACGGAAAGAUAUUUUGUUCAGAAGGGUCUGAAUAAGUCUCGCUUAUAAAUAUGUGCAUGAUAAGUUGAUUAAAAUGCUGUAUUG